CAGACCACUUGGAGACCCUCCCCUCUUCGUUUCUCCGCAUUUGCAAGACCUUAUCUCCUGAGUCGGUUCCCGAUUCUGGUCCCCGGCCCCCAGCAGCGCCUGCCCCCUUCCCACCGGGGCCCCCCAUGAUGCCACCACCCUUCAUGCCCCCUCCCGGGAUCCCCCCACCCUUCCCUCCGAUGGGGCUACCCCCCAUGAGCCAGAGACCACCAGCCAUCCCCCCAAUGCCACCUGGCAUCUUGCCCCCGAUGCUGCCACCAAUGGGGGCGCCUCCACCACUCACCCAGAUUCCAGGAAUGGUGCCCCCGAUGAUGCCAGGAAUGCUGAUGCCAGCGGUGCCAGUCACCGCAGCGACGGCUCCGGGUGCGGACACCGCCAGCUCUGCUGUGGCUGCGACAGGCCCUCCGAGGGCCCUGUGGAGUGAGCACGUGGCCCCUGACGGUCGUAUCUACUACUACAAUGCUGAUGACAAGCAGUCCGUGUGGGAGAAGCCCAGCGUGCUCAAGUCCAAGGCCGAGCUGCUCCUGUCCCAGUGUCCCUGGAAAGAAUACAAGUCUGACACAGGCAAACCUUACUACUAUAACAACCAGAGUAAGGAGUCCUGCUGGACACGACCCAAGGACCUGGAUGACCUGGAGGCUCUAGUCAAACAGGAGGCUGUGGGGAAACAGCAGCCACAGCCACAGACACUGCAGCCUCAGCCUCCCCAGCCACAGCCUGACCCCCCACCUAUACCUCCGGGCCCCACCCCAGUGCCUACUAUGCCUACGGGUCUUCUGGAACCUGAGCCCGGUGGGAGUGAAGAUUGCGAUUCGGAGGCUACCCAGCCCCCAGAGCAGGGCUUCCCACAGCAGCUGGAGGAGGGCCCCAGCAGUUCUGCUGGACAGCAUCAGCCACCCCAACAGGAGGAGGAGGACUCCAGGCCAGAACCAGAGAGGUCUGGCCUCAGUUGGAGCAACCGAGAGAAGGCAAAGCAGGCGUUCAAGGAGCUGCUGAGGGACAAGGCUGUCCCGUCCAACGCCUCAUGGGAACAGGCCAUGAAGAUGGUGGUCACUGACCCCCGUUACAGUGCCUUGCCCAAACUGAGUGAGAAAAAGCAGGCGUUCAAUGCCUACAAGGCGCAGCGGGAGAAGGAGGAGAAGGAGGAGGCCCGGCUGAGGGCCAAGGAGGCCAAGCAGACCCUGCAGCACUUCCUGGAGCAGCAUGAACGCAUGACCUCCACCACCCGCUACCGGCGGGCGGAACAGACCUUUGGGGAGCUUGAGGUCUGGGCUGUGGUCCCUGAGAGGGAUCGAAAAGAGGUUUAUGAUGAUGUCCUCUUCUUCCUGGCCAAGAAGGAGAAGGAGCAGGCCAAGCAACUCCGACGCCGCAACAUCCAGGCCCUGAAGAGCAUCCUGGAUGGGAUGAGUAGUGUCAACUUCCAAACCACAUGGUCCCAGGCCCAGCAAUACCUCAUGGAUAACCCCAACUUUGCUCAGGACCAUCAGCUGCAAAACAUGGACAAGGAAGAUGCACUGAUCUGCUUUGAGGAACACAUCCGAGCUUUGGAGCGGGAGGAGGAGGAGGAGCGAGAGCGAGCCCGGCUUCGUGAGCGGCGCCAGCAGCGCAAGAACCGGGAGGCCUUCCAGACCUUCCUGGACGAGCUGCACGAGACAGGGCAGCUGCACUCCAUGUCUACCUGGAUGGAGCUGUACCCAGCAGUCAGCACUGACGUCCGCUUUGCCAACAUGCUGGGCCAGCCGGGCUCCACUCCCCUGGACUUGUUCAAGUUCUAUGUGGAGGAGUUGAAGGCACGAUUCCACGAUGAAAAGAAGAUCAUCAAGGACAUCCUUAAGGACCGCAGCUUCUGUGUGGAGGUGAACACAGCCUUUGAAGACUUCGCCCACGUCAUAAGCUUUGACAAGAGGGCUGCUGCGCUGGACGCAGGCAACAUCAAGCUGACCUUCAAUAGUCUGCUGGAGAAAGCAGAGGCACGGGAGAGGGAGCGGGAAAAAGAGGAGGCACGAAGGAUGCGGCGCAGGGAAGCUGCCUUCCGAAGCAUGCUGAGGCAGGCUGUGCCUGCCCUGGAGCCCGGCACUGCCUGGGACGAGGUUCGGGAGCGCUUUGUGUGCGACUCGGCCUUUGAGCAGAUCACCCUGGAGUCGGAGCGGAUCCGGCUCUAUCGGGAGUUCCUGCAGGUGCUGGAGCAGACAGAAUGCCAGCACCUCCACGCCAAGGGCCGGAAGCAUGGCAGGAAGGGGAAGAAGCACCACCACAAGCGUUCCCACUCGCCCUCGGGCUCCGAGUCAGAAGAGGAGGAGCUGCCCCCACCACCUCUCCGGCCUCCCAAGCGGAGACGGCACAACCCCUCGGAGUCAGGCUCUGAGCCCUCUUCCUCACUUGACUCAGUUGAAAGUGGGGGUGCUGCCCUUGGAGGACGGGGCUCCCCAUCCUCCCACCUGCUCCUUGGAUCAGAUCAUGGCUUUCGGAAAGCCAAGAAACCAAAAAAGAAAACUAAAAAGAGAAGACAAAAGUCGAACAGUCCGGACAGUGAGACGGACCCUGAGGAGAAAGCAGGCAAGGAGAGUGAUGAGAAAGAGCAAGAACAGGACAAGGACAGGGAGCUCCGGCAGGUGGAACUCCCGAACCGCUCCCCAGGCUUUGGAAUCAAGAAAGAGAAGCAAUCCUGGAACCUGGAUGCCCUUUCACAGAAGAGGACGCAAACUUGCUUGAGGUCACACAGACAAUAAAUGACGGAACCGAGACCUGAACCCUGCUUUGUCUAACUCAAAAGCCCUCACGGGGCCAGGUGGUGGUACACUGAUAAUGCAACCGGACCCCUAUGGGGAAGGGCCUUGCUGGGCAUCUGAACACACACGUGCACACCCACAGUCCAGGCUGGGGGUGGAUUGGUGUGGAGACCCUGUUGGAGGUGCCAUCUCUCUGUUUCUUUCUCUCACAUGGAAGAAAUAAAUAGACGUUAAAAAAUAAAUAACUGUUGUUCCUUCUGCUACACCCUGCUGUCUCUCCUGUGCUAACCUGUUUCUCGCUGCUUCCAAGUCCCCCUGCCUGCUUCCAAAAGGCCCCUGAACGCUUCCUUUUUUCUGCCCAGAUCAAAAGUCACAAGUGCUGCUCCUAAGUUCUUCAACAACGACCUGGAGGAACCCUGUCAUAGCUGGAGACUCAAAGAUGCUUCCUGAAAACGCAACUCUACAAAGAUGAGUGACUCUUACCACGGCACCCCUCUCAGGAGCCAGGACGUUUCCUUGGCUUGUUCACAGCCUGGUGUCCAGAUCCUGUGUGGGUCCUCGUUCCAAGCUCCCUGUCCUUAGCUCUCUCCUCCUGCUCCCCCAAAUGUGCCUUCUACUCCAGCCAAUGGCAUUCUCCGCCAGCCCUCAGGCAUCCCCUCGGCUUGCCUGUCCACUUCCACCACCGCCUGGCCUACUCUCUCCAACUUGUGACCCCUGUUCACGUGGUCACUGUUGAAGCCUUAUCCUCCUCACCAAGGAGAGUGGGACUGUGUCCUCCCACCCUGGUCCCCAGCCCUAGUCUCAGAGUUGU